GUUAGCUGGACCCUGUUCUAGUCACAAAAAACAGAAGUUUGUCAAGUAUUCUCUUUCGCAGCACACGCACAGACUUCGUUCCUGUGUCAUUAGUUAGCAAUGAGAGUCACUCCAGUAGCACUAGAGCAAAUCAGGUCAGCAAAGGUUCCUAUGGACUUGAGUCAGCACUUGAAAUGUUUGUUGCACUCCGGUCAUUGGCAGUUGGAGCCAGGUAGUGAUGCGUUGUUCGGGAAUAUCCAGAAAAAUGACUUGCAAGGUGAAAAAGGGAAUAUUACAUUUUACCUCUGUUCUCCGAAAGUGAUGAGCAAGGAAAAGUGCUUCACAGUCGUGGACUCUGUUCGUAUAAGCCUUCAGGAAAAGUUGAGACUCGAUAACCACGAGCUUCAACCAGCGAUCAGUGUAUCAGAUGUUCAUUGCUGUGGCAAGUACUUAUAUCGAACAGCCCGUUGUGAUGAUGCUCCGUUAGGGUGCAAUCGACCCUGCUUAAUAUUGCAGGUUCCAGUUGUGAAUGUUAUUUCACCCCUUAACCAUUUGGAUAGAGAUAGAUUGAUUCAGCUACAAGCUUUACUUUUGGAAGUGGAAAAUUGUUUGAUAGCAUCUUUUACUUCCCAGUUAUUGGUGGAAGGAGGUGAUGAUCGUUUGUUUCUAAACAGCAAUGGAGUAAAUAAAUACUUUUGUCCUCCAUGUCCAGUUGACCCAGAUACUACUCUGCUGCGUUCUUCCUGCACCUGUUCUCCACCUACCAAGGAAGGAUUUGAACGUGCCUCUACAGUAGUUGAGCAGUUAUGGGAACAACCAGAGCUAUAUUUUGACAUUCAUAUGGAGAGUGUUCGCAAAAGAAUUCUUGAAGCUCUAAAGUUGAACGAUGGUCAAACCUUUUGUAUAUUGCAUCCUUCUGGCUCCGAUGCAGAAUUAUUGCCACUUUUGGUUGCAAUGGGACGAAUGGAAAAACUGGGUGCUCAUCAUAUUGUGAAUGUAGUAUCUGCAGCUGGAGAAGUUGGUUCAGGAACUGCACCAGCAGCUGCAGGGAAGCAUUUCUCAUCUGUUUCUCCAACUGGUUAUAAAGUGAAAGAAGAUACUACUAUUAGUUCGUUUCCUUCAUCUAUUCACGUUGUUCAACUAAGUCCUAGGGGAAAAGACGGGAAGCCCGUAGACUUUGAUAACUUGGCAAGAGAACAGAUGAGACAAGUAAGAGAAAAAUACAAAGACGCUAUUGUUAUUUUUCAUGCAGUCGAUGGUUCCAAGACGGGACUGAAACUUCCUUCGCAUGAAGUAAUCGAAGAGUUACAAGAUAUUUGGGACAAACAUCUCGUUUUAGUUUUAGAUGCUUGUCAAGGACGUUCCGACUUGGAAGAAUAUCAGUGGUUUCUUGACAAGGAAGCUUUAAUUCUGUUGACUGGCAGUAAAUUUUUCUGCGGUCCUGGUUUCUGUGGUUCCGUUUUAUUUUCCUCAUCUAUAAUGCAAGAAUUGGAAAGUCUUUCUUCUAUUCCAGAUGGUAUUUCCUUUUAUAUUACCAAAAAUGAGGUUUCAGAAAGUAUGCCUUGUCUGCGUUCCAAGUUGCCUAGUCAUCCUUGGAAUAUUGGAUUGUUAUUGCGAUGGGAGUGUGCACUGACGGAAAUGGAAAGAUUCACGGAUAUUAUUGUUGACAGCUCAGUUAUUGACCAAUGGUCUUAUGGAGUUCGGUCCAUGAUAGAGAACCAUUUUCCGUUUAUACGUGUUUUGGUUGAUGAAGAUUGGUUGGAAGAUGUUAUGGGUGUCAACUCUAUCGUGAACUUGAUUGUGUAUAAGCAAAAUGGGGAAGCUAUGAACUUGAAUGAGCUUCGAGUAUUGCACAGGUUGCUCUCGUCUACCAUGGAUUCCGUUUCUUGUUCGAUACAAGAAGAAAGUAUUGGCAAUUGGAUAUGUUUGAUAGGUCAACCCGUGAAUCUUGGAGACAAAAGUGUCAUACGUCUAGCAUUGGGAGCUUCCCAAAUAAGAGCAGUGUAUGAUGCCAAGUGCACAGUGGAAGACUUGUUGUGUGACGAUUGGAAAAUACUUAAGAAGUUGCAGUUCUUGACGGAACACUUUCAUGAGAUUGUUUGACUUCCUGUUGUGAUGAUUUGU